GCCCGCGGCACCUGCGAGGGCGGCCGCCUGCCGCACGCGCGAACAGAGCCGAAGGAAGCUCAAGAGGCGUCCCGCGGCCCUGGCCCUUGCAGCCCCCCUCCUCGCGGGCGGCGCCGCCGCCAGAGUGCCCGAGACAUGGCGUUGAGGCACGAGUUCCGCUGCGAAGAUCUUGACGAGGAGCACCAUGACCACAUGCACAGCAUGCUGGAGACGUGGAAGCAGAGCUACUCAAGAAUGGCAGAGGACCAGAAGAGGCUCAAGGACGGCAUCGAGGCGCUCGAGACGGAGAACGAGGAGUACAGGAUCGCGAACGAGCGGCUGGAGAGGCAGCUGGCGCAACGGGGUGCUCUCCCGCGG